AUGGGAAUCACUUAUGUUGCAUUUGGAAUGCAUACAUUCUCAAGUUAUGGUGUUGAAAGGAUACCCUCUUACUACUGGGUCCUGGUUGGAGUUGCAGAAGGGAGCUGGGCUGAUGAGAUAUUGAAAGAAUUAAGAUUUCCCUGGAUGAAGGGUAUUUGUAACCAUUAUGUUUUGGAAGAUACAAUUGGGCAGCACAUUUCCUAUUAUAGAGGAGCUUGGAUAAUCUAUGAGGAAAACAGAUUGUUGUUGGAUCAUAUAUUUACGUACACUGCAGAGCUCCAAGGAAAAUUAGAGCUCCAAGGAAAAUUUGCAUUGGAAUAUGUCAAUUUAUCUUUCAAUAAUUUUGAUGGUGAUGUUCCCACCAAAGGAGUUUUUGCAAAUGCUAGUGCAAUAUCAGUUGCAGGAAACAGUAUGCUUUGUGGAGGUAUACUAGAGCUACAUUUGCCAAGAUGCCCUGUUGAAGCAACAAAGAGGAGCAAACUGCGUCUUGUCAAAAUAGCUGUGGUCGUCAUUUCAAUUGUUUUUGGCAUUACUAUACUGUCAACUGCCACGUAUUAUAGGUUCAGGAAGAAGAAAAGGGAGCAAUCACCUACUUCCUUGCAAAUAAGGUCAUUUCAGAAGAUUUCAUAUGAAAUGAUUCUUAAGGCAACUGAUGGGCUCUCUUCGGCAAAUUUGAUUGGUGUGGGAAGCUUUGGGUCUGUCUAUGAAGGUACAUCUGUGGAGGAUGGAGCAAUCUUUGCAGUGAAAGUACUCGACCUUCAACAACGAGGUGCUUCAAAGAGUUUUAUGGCGGAGUGCAAAGUCUUGAGAAAUGUACGUCAUCGAAAUCUUGUCAAGAUAAUAACGUCUUGCUCCAGUGUUGAUUUCCAAGGAAAUGAUUUUAAGGCACUUGUUUAUGAGGGCUUUUGA